UCACAAUCGCGCCCCUCAUUUCAUGGACACACAUUCACACCAGCCGCGUGCCUACCGCCCUGUAAUUGCAACCGCUCAUGUUACUAGCAAUUCAGUCACACCGGACUAAGACAUCGUCGCAAUGCGCCUGGUCAAGCGAAAUAUCAAUGACGACGGGAGUGGGAGUGUCACGUUAUGCCCUGAAGAACCUGAGGACAUGUGGCAUGCUUACAACCUCAUUCGACCCACAGACCUUCUCACUGCCUCUGCUAUACGACGAGUAACCACCGAGUCCUCGUCCACGGGAUCUACGUCAUCUCAACGAGUCCACACGAACCUCACUAUACGGGUCAAGUCCUUGGAUUUCGACCCCCAGGUUGGGCAACUGCACGUCUCCGGCCAGAUUGCCAGAGAGAACAGAUAUACAAAAAUAGGGCAAUUCCAUACCCUGGACCUCGAGCUGCAGCGUAACUUUACCCUUGAGAAGGUAGUCGAAGGCAGUGGUGGGGCCGAGGGUUGGGACAGUGUCGCCCGGGCGCAGCUGGAAGAGGCCAUAGACCCUUCGAGGGGCACUGAAGCGGUCGCAGUCGUCAUGCAGGAAGGCCUGGCCAACAUUUGCUUCAUCACACAAUUCCAGACCGUCUUGAGGCAGAGAGUCGAGGUCUCGGUCCCGCGGAAGCGGACAGGCGCCGGAAGAUCCGCGGAUCACGACAAAGGCUUGACCAAAUUCUACAGUACCGUGCUGGACACGCUGAUGAGACAGCUUCAAGGCCUGAUGGAACACAAAGACAGCAGCGUGAGUUUCCCGAUCUUGCUUGCGAGCCCCGGGUUCACGGCCGCCGGCUUCCUGAAACAGAUCACUGAGACCGCCGUUGCAAAAGGGGACAAAAUGCUACAAGACUUGGUGAGGCGGAACGCUUUUAUUGUGAUCCACAGCAGCUCCGGGCACCUGCACAGUCUCAACGAGGUUCUCAAAAGUCCAGAGGUCCUGGUGAGGUUGAAGGACACGAAAUAUGCUCGGGAGACUGCAUUGAUGGACGAAUUCUAUGCUCUCCUACGCAAAGACGACGGACGGGCAUGGUACGGACCCAGAGAGGUCGAGACCUGCGUAGAAAAGGGGGCCGUGGGUCGUGGGGGAGGGGUGCUCUUGAUCAGCAACUCCUUAUUUCGGAGCCAGGACGUGGCCACGAGACGGAGAUGGGUCAAACUCGUGGAUCAAGUGAGAGAAGUGGAGGGCGGAGAGGUCAGAGUACUCAGUAGUGACCACGAGAGCGGAAGGCGAUUGGAGGGCCUGGGAGGCAUCGCGGCCAUCCUGACAUUUCCUAUCGAAGACAUAGAAUCGGAAGACGAGGACGAGGAAGAGGAACAGCCUGAACAUGGCGGCGAAGAAUCAUAGAAGUCACAACGACCAAGUGGUUGAGCACUCAGCCUUAUGAAAAGGCAAGGGGAAGCAAGGAAGGCCAACCAGACCGCAGGCGGAAAUGCUUCCGUCAUGCCCUAAAGUGACGUGCAUCUCGUCUAU